AUGGAAGAGGAGGGCCAAAUGAGAAACGGAAAAUAUGCUGCUGAUAUUUCCUCCAUAAAAGAAGCACACGCCAGAAUUAAAUCAUUGGUUCGUAAAACUCCAGUUCUCUCUUCUACUUCUCUGAAUCACAUAUCAGGAAGACAACUAUAUUUUAAGUGUGAAAAUUUUCAAAAGAGUGGAGCUUUUAAAUUUAGAGGUGCCUGCAAUGCUGUUUUCUCUCUCACCGAUGAAGAAGCUUCUAAAGGUGUUAUAACUCACAGCAGUGGAAAUCAUGCGGCGGCGUUGGCUUUGGCAGCAAAACUUAGGGGAAUCCCUGCAUACAUUGUUAUUCCAGAAGAUGCACCAACUUGUAAAGUUGUGAACGUUAAAAGAUAUGAUGGUAAGGUUAACUUUUCUGAGGCCAAUAUAUGGUCAAGGCAAGAAGUUGCAAAGAAAGUGCAGCAAGAAACUGGUGCUAUCUUCAUUCCUUCUUCUAAUGAUGGCCACAUACUGAGUGGCCAGGGAACCAUAUUCUUAGAGCUUUUGGAACAAGUCCCUCACAUUGAUACUCUUGUAGUACCAAUAAGUGGCGGCGGUUGUGUAGCUGGAGUAGCAUUAGCUGCCAAGGCCAUCAACCCAGGCAUUCGAAUUUUGGCUGCUGAGCCUAAAGGAGCUGAUGACGCAGCGCAAUCUAAAGCAGCUGGGAGGAUAAUAACAUUGCCCGAGAUCAAUACUAUAGCAGACGGACUUCGAGCAUGUCUCGGAAAUUUCACAUGGCCUGUCGUACGAGAUCUUGUUGACGAUAUAAUAGUUGUGGAAGACAUUGAAAUUGUCAAAGCCAUGAAACAGUGUUUUGAAAUUCUAAAGAUUGUUGUAGAACCAAGUGGAGCAAUUGGUCUUGCUGCUGUUCUAUCUGAAACUUUUCAGAAAAAUCCUGCUUGGAAGGAUAGCAAGCAUAUAGGAAUACUAGUUACAGGAGGGAAUGUUGAUAUGGCUGUGCUUUGGGACUCUUUCAACAAAUGGAAAUGA